GGUUUGCUAGCUGCUUCGCUAUCCUGGUUUCCAUUUGUAUAUAAGGGUGCGUCCCUCGAUUCAGUUUAAAUCAUUACCUAUACUAAGUAGAAGCAACCAGCUCAUACUACACAAUCAUUAUGCCGCCCACUGUGAAGGAAACCUCGGAUAUCCCCGCCGAUGAAGGCAUGACCCACGAGGGUGUCAACAAAUAUGUGAAAGUUGCCACUCAUGAAGCAAAGAAAGGAGAGUUCGACAAAUGUCUUCUCUUGUACUCCGGCGGCUUGGACACGAGUGUGAUGCUCAAAUGGAUCCAGGAGGAGUAUGAAUGUGACGUGUACGCACUCACCGUAGAUAUUGGACAAACGGCUGACAAUCUUCCAGAGAUUCAAGCCAAGGCUCUAAAGCUAGGUGCCAAAGAGGCCAUUGUUAUUGACGCCAAGGAAGAGUUCGCAUCUGUGCUACUAUCCGAGGCAAUCAAAGCCAAUGCCGACUACCAGGGAGGCUAUGCGCUCGGAUGCCCACUCGGCCGUGUGAUGAUUUCAAAGAUUGCUGUGCGUGUGGCAAAAGAGUACGGAUGCAGUGUAAUCGCACACGGUUGCACUGGCAAGGGCAAUGAUCAAGUCCGAUUCGAGGGCUACUGCACCACGCUAGACCCAACCCUGAAGAUGAUCGCGCCCGUGAGAGAAUGGGGUAUGGGCCGAGACGAAGAAUUGGAGUACGCCUUCAAGCACAACAUCCCUGUGAAGCAAAAGAAGGAGACGCCGUACAGUUACGAUGAAAAUAUGUGGGCCAAUACCGGAGAGGGAGGUGAGAUCGAAGACCCUCGAUUGGAGCCACCUCUAGAGCAGAUCCUACAAUGGUGCAAAACACCAGAACAGGCACCUGAUAAGUCAGAAACGAUCACGAUAGAGUUCGACAAGGGUAUUCCCGUUGCAUACAAUGGAGAGACCAUGUCGCUGUACAAAAUAAUCGAGAAGGCGAAUGCCAUCGGGGCCGAGCACGGUGUUGGUGUUUUCCAUUUGGUAGAGGACAGGCUGGUGGGACUCAAAGUCAGAGGUAUAUAUGAGAACCCCGCGGCUACCAUACUGAUCAACGCACACCAGAACUUGGAGCAGCUGGUAUCUACCCGAGAGGAGAAUGAGCUCAAGCGAUUCAUGGACACAAAAUGGGCUUAUCUCACAUACGCCGCGAAAUGGUACGACCCAACCUUGUACCACGUCCUUGCCUUCAUCAACAGCAUGAACAAGAAGGUCAAGGGUACCGUUACCGUCAAGCUAUACAAGGGACAGGCUACGGUAGUUGCCGUUGACUCGCCAUUCUCACUGUUCGAUGCGAAUUUGGCUACAUUCAACAAGGACGCGAGCUUUAACCAGAACGCGUCGGCUGGGUUCAUCGAAAUCUACACGCUUGCGCAGAGAACAGCGUUCAACGUGUAUGAUUACGAGAAAGAACUCGGCAACAACUAGACAGCAUGGGCAGUCUCUGAUUCUAAUGAAAUUGUACUGGUAUACAAGCAUUUUGUAAAUAAAGCAAGGCAAGUAACUUAAACAUCGUG